UGUUCGAAUGAAAAGUUUUCGAAUUUAAGCCCGUAAGUGAAUUAAAACCAAGUGGUAAUAAAAAAAAAUAAGGAUAUACCAACAGAACUUUUGCCUCAGCUAGUAAUAUAAUUGAUAUAAUAUCUACCUAAAUCACGAAAAGUAUUUUUAACACAUGGACAGCGAUUGAGUAAUAUCUUAUCUAACAGAUAGGCCAGGCUUAAUCAGAGUAUGUCACAGAUAUCAGUCUUGUGCAGACAGACAAAAUCAAUUAAAUAUGAGCGGUGUUUACGUUGUGGAUUCUGAUGACGCGAUUCAAGUCAGCGAUGGUGGCGGAGGGGUCAUGGUAUCCGACAACAAUGGUGGAGGGGUUAUGGUUUCCGACAACAAUGGUGGAGGGGUCAUGGUAUCGGACAACAACGGUGGAGGGGUCAUGGUAGCUGACAACAAUGAUGGAGGGGUUAUGGUAGCUGAUAACAAUAACGGCGGGGUCAUGGUAGCUGACAACAACGAUGGAGGUGUCAUGGUAGUUGACAAUUAGGCGUCAACAUAGUCUAUUCGAAAGUCAUGUGAAUGAAUAUUGGAGGUGGAGUGCGAUAGUGAAAAUAACGCUUAUUUUUCGUUAAAAAUGUACUGAUUUUUCAAUAAAUUACUAUAAAUUUAUAGUUAUUAUUUUAUUAAUACUAUCACUGUUUUCUAGCAUGGUGAUUUCUUUUUACGUUAAAGUACCAUCAACUUAUACACCAAUGGGUGUAGCUUAUUAAGGUAUAACUUAGGCUAUUUUGUUAAAUAAUGCAAUAACAUGUCUAUGGAUAAAACCACUUAACUGUUUUUGAAAAUAGUUUCUUUUUA